CACCACACAUUUACUGGGAAAUGGCACAAUUGCCUCCUAAACCAAAUAUGACCCAUAAUUGGAAUUCUUUUCCUCACCAAAGAUUGCCUUCAACCACCUCCUUUAUUUCUAACAACCAUCACUCUAAUCAUCCUCUCGCUAACUUUGCCACUAUGACCUUAAAUACUAACCAGAACAACAAUCAACCCUCUUGGGUUGAUGAGUUUCUGGACUUCUCCUCUGUCCGCCGCGGUGCCCACCGUCGCUCCAUUAGCGACUCCGUCGCUUUUCUCGACCCUCCGUUGGUCGAAGAAUGCAGAAAUUCAAAUAAUGCCAUCAAUAACAUGCCUGAAACCAACUGCUUUGAUCGUCUUGAUGAUGAACAACUCAUGUCCAUGUUCUCUGACGACAUAUCAAACACUGUUCCUCCCACCGCCUCCUCCUCUAACCCCUCCACGCCCUCCGAUCAAAAUAGCAACAAUGAUGAGAAAACAACUCCCAUGGAUCAACAGCAGCAGCCCAAGAAUGAGCCUGGAGAGGUGGAGAGCUCAUGCAAAACUGAACAACAAGCAACUCAACCUCCUCCUAGCUCCAAUGGUGAUACCAUCGUUGAUCCGAAGCGAGUCAAGAGAAUUCUGGCGAAUCGUCAAUCAGCUCAGAGGUCAAGAGUGAGGAAGUUGCAAUAUAUUUCAGAGCUUGAAAGGAGCGUGACAACAUUGCAGACUGAAGUAUCGGCAUUGUCACCGAGAGUGGCGUUUCUGGAUCAUCAGAGGUUGAUUCUGAAUGUUGACAACAGUGCUUUGAAGCAACGGAUUGCAGCUUUGGCUCAAGACAAGAUCUUCAAAGAUGCUCAUCAAGAGGCAUUGAAGAAAGAAAUUGAGAGACUAAGGCAAGUUUAUCAUCAACAAAACCUCAAGAAAAUGAACAACCGCAACACCAACAAUGCUGCACCACCGCAGCAGCAACAACCACCGUCACAGCAGCCGCAGCCGAUGAACACUGACGCCAUGGCCUGUACGGACAAUUAAUGGUCCCAAUAAGAAAAAAAUAAACGUUAUAUUAAAAAAAAAAAAAAGAAAAAAGAAAA